GACUAAAACAACACGUUUAAACGUUUAUUAGUCAAACGUUUGGUGCAUAAGUGCAUGGCGUCAGAAGAAUUUCCAAGCUUACUCAAACAAUACGCAUCGUAUAAGUUUCUCAACAACUUAAACGGUGUCGUUUAGGAUGACAGUUGACAUUUCCUGGGAUUUUAGUUGACUAAUUCUUUGUUCCCUCCAAAUUCAUUCUUCGAGAAGAGACUUCUUCAGCUCUCUCAACAGAGUACUACCAAUUACCAUAUUCGCAUUUUCUCUCUCCUAAUAAAUUCAAACACCAUAAAUAAAGGAAGAAAUUCUGAAGAUUUCCAAAUUUUGUUCUUCUUCCUGACAAAUAUUGGUGAAUUUUCUUCUUCUGGUUGAUGUCAGAGAUUCGACUGGUUCGUUGCCCGAAAUGCAAUAAGGUGUUACCAGAGCCUCAAGUGUGUACUGUUUAUCAAUGUGGUGGUUGUGGUGCUAUGCUUAAAGCUAAAAAUAGGUCAUCUGAAAGUGGGAAUUUGGUGAAUUCUGAUACAUUUGUUGACAAAGGGAUAGAAGGAGAAGAGGGGAUCAAGGAUAGUGGUGAAUUAAGUAAAGAGGAUAUUGUUCACGAGGGUGGUUUUGAUAUGGAUAGUAGAUCACCGGCCCGAUCCGCAUUUGUGGUUGUUAAUAGAAGAAAGUUGUUAGUUGAUGAGAAAGAUUUUGCUGAGUUUUAUGGGGAUUUACCUAAGUCACCUAUGAGGGAUAGGUUUUUGAAUGAUCUUGGUUCAACACCUCAAGGUUCGAGAAAUGUUAGCCCUUCACCAACGAGGGGGACGGGUUUGGGUGAUGGGAAUUCUGAUGGGGUUGGUACAUCACCAGCUAGGUCGAGAGAUGUUAGCAUGUCGCCUAUGAGGGAGCGAGGGAGUAAAUCACCGAUGAGCGUGAGAACGAGAUAUGUUAGCAUGUCUCCUUUGAGGGGGGCUAAUGCUGCUAGAAGAUCACCUGUAAGGUCAAUGGAUGGAGACAUUUCCAAUAAGGAAGGUUUUAUAUCUAAUUUCGAUGAGAGACGGGUGAAAGAAGAAGAAGGGGAAGGAGUGAGGAAGGAAAAGAUGACUCCUAAAACUUCAUUCAAUACAUGGCUUCCCGAGGAUAAUUCUUCUAAACCAUCUAAUGAUGAUUCUUUAGGUAGAAGAAGAAAGCAGUGGAGAGACCGAGUUACUGGUGAUGAAGCUGAUCGAAUUAGUGAAGGGAAAGAAUCUGUUUACGCUGAUGAACAUGGGAUGACAUCAGAAGGAUCGAUUAUUGAUGAUCCAAUUCACGGAGGGGAGUCUAGUAGGGAAAGAUCAGACAGAGAUUUGAGGUUUCGGGAUGACUAUGCUGGCGGGUAUGGGAGAUCCAGGGCAAAUGCAGAUCAAAGGUUUGCUGGGAGUGACGGGGAUGGGUUGUUUCACAGAAACUUAAGGGUGUCUAUAGAAAGUGGGAGGAAGUCGGCGUCUUCAAGCGCACUUGAUGCGUCUGCAAAUUAUCAUCUCGAUUCCAUUCAUAGUUUUGGUCGUUCAAGACACAGUUUUGAAAUUCGAAGAGGACCUGCUAACAUGCACUAUAUGGAGCAUCGUGAGUUCCUUCCGAAGUACCAGGGAUCUAUGAAGCAAUAUCCAUCAAAAGAACUAAGUCAUUCGGAUGAUAAUCUGUUUUCUUCUUCGGGGUUUUAUACAGGAGCUGAUGAUCAUACAGAUGAUCUGAGAUACAGACGAGGAUCUAGGCAGCGGUAUUCACCAGAGAAUUAUAUGCCAAGGCGUCCAUACUUAGAUCAUAGACCUGGACUGGAUUAUGAGAUGAAAAAUACAUCUAGCCCUUCCCCUUUAUAUGAUGAUCCAUAUGCAAGCCAUGUGAGAAGCGCAUAUCGCUCUAGGAAACAACAAUUUUCACAGCAUGGGAUGCCAGGCUAUGUUGCUGGGCAGUCCUUGGAUUAUGAUCGAGAUUCUUUCAUGUCAUAUCGAAUUGGGAUGCAUAGUCACCAUCCUGCUGAUAUGCAAGGCCAUGAUUUGCCUUCUUUUGCGUAUCGGAUGGCUCCUAUUCCAACUUCCCAUCCAACGUCCAGUCGUAGUAUGAAUCUUGAAAGACCUGAUCCAAGGGCGUAUGAUCCUCGAGUGGCCCAAACCAAUCCUCGAGAACGAUCUUCCCACCUUGCUCCACGCCAUACUAGGAGAGUUCAGCUAGCUAACCAGAACAAUCGGGUUUGCCUACCAAUUGUUGGUGGUUCUCCAUUUGUAAUAUGCCACAAAUGCUUUGAGUUACUCAAAUUGCCUGGGAAUUUCAUGACUAAGCAUAAGAAAGAGUAUCAACUUCAAUGUGGGGCUUGCUCUUCUAUCAUGUCAUUCGAUCUUCAAGACAAGUCUUUUGGUGUUGUUUCUUCACGGAAGAAAACAGAUACCGUCAAAUCUACUGGUGGUAGUGGUGAAAGUUUCAAUGAACCUGGUCCUAGACAUACUCGUCGUGAAAGCUAUGCUGCUACCAGUACAGGUAUUGGAUCCUAUGAUUUCGAUGCACCAGGAAAUAGCUUCCAGACUACAGAGUCCGAAGUCAUCGAAGCUUCUAGAAGGCAGAAAUUGAGUUCAAAUGUUGAUGAUAAUGCUCGAGCUAUUUCUCCAUCAUCUUGUUCUUCUAAGGAAGAGCGGGUUUCACGCAGAAGCAGCUGUCCCAAUUCUUCAGAGCUGCCCUUGAUGAACCGUCCUCCACCUGGUUCGCCUUUGCGCGAGCAUCUGGAUUAUUCUAACCAUUUCAUCAUUGCUGGAGUAGAAAAUGAACGAAGUUAUGCUGGAAAAGAGAAGCAAGUUCUUGAAACAGAUAACUCUCAAGAUAGCUCUGUGGUAAAUCCAGCAAUUGCCUCAGAGACUGAAUUUCACUCGCAUGAGUUGUCUGACUCUGGGGAUGUAUCAGGAGAAUACAAAGAUAGAAGUAAAGAUAGACGAUCCUCGAGCCCUCCUUCCUGGAAAGCCUUGGCUUCGAAAUCUGGUCGUAGUUCUCCUGGAAAAAGUGAGGUAUAUGUCAAUGGUCAGCACAUACCAAUUCAUCUUGUUAGAAAGGCGGAGAAGCUUGCUGGACUUAUUCAACCAGGAGAAUACUGGUAUGAUUAUGUAGCUGGUUUUUGGGGUGUAAUGGGCCAUCAUUGCCUUGGAAUACUUCCACCUGCUAUUCAAGAAUUCAGUUUUCCCAUGCUAGAGAAUUGUUCUAAAGGGGACACUGCUGUUUAUGUGAACGGAAGAGAGCUUCGGAAAAAGGAUCUUGAUUUACUUGCUAGUCGACAACUUCCAAUUACGAGGGACAAGAGAUAUAUCAUCGAUAAAUCUGGGAAGGUUUUGGAGGAGCAGAGCAAAAAUUUCGUUGUUAACCUUGGAAAACUUGCCCCCACUGUUGAGAAGAGGAGGCAAGGAUUUGGUAUGCGCGUCCCAGAGGAGUUCAUGGAGUAACAGUUUUCAAAAUAUGCACAUUUGGUAUUGCUGACUUUAAUUGAAGUUGAAGCUUGAAACGUGAAAAAUACCAUGCUGAUUGUUAGAAGUCAUUGUUUGUCAUCAAGCUGUCCAAGCUUGAUUUGUAAAGUAAAAUGUAUUCAAACAGAUUUUCUGUGUAUAUCAUUGAUUCAUUCAUUGUUGUGCUGUAUUUAUAGUUUGCAAAGUUUUCAGAAUUUUAAGAAUAAUUUGCGAAUCAUAGCCUUAAAUGUAGGUUAUUUUUGC